UUGAAAUUAGGCAGAAAGAGUAAAUUCGCGCGGUGUCGAACGGGGCUGUUGUUGUGGCAACGACGUAACGAUGCGUCGUUCUGGGUGUUGACCGUUGACUGGCAGAGCUCAAAGGUUCCAGCGUAGAUUUGAUCGCAACACUGUUAACACAUAUUAUAACGUUACAUGUUACAUGUUACAUAGGAAAGGGCGGUACCACAGCGGUAACACAGCGGUAACACAGCGGUACCAUUACUAACACCACUCAACAACAAAGUGCUUUCUUCCCGUGAGCCCUGUCACUCUCAACGACAUGGCUGCUCAGUGUGUAACCAAGGUGGAGCUGACUGUGUCCUGUGACAAUCUCCUGGAUAAAGACAUCGGCUCCAAGUCCGACCCUCUGUGUUCUCUGUUAAUGAGCAGCUCUGAUUCCCAGUGGUAUGAGGUGGGACGAACUGAGCAAGUCCAGAAUUGCCUCAGCCCAAAAUUUGCCAAAAAGUUUGUCAUCGACUACUACUUUGAAAUAGUGCAAAAACUGAAGUUUGGGAUUUAUGACAUCGACAACAAAACUGUCGACCUGAGUGAUGAUGACUUCCUGGGACAACUGGAGUGCACCUUGGGCCAGGUUGUGUCCAGUAAAAAACUGACCCGACCGCUUGUCUUGAAGAACAAGUCCCCUGCAGGAAAAGGGACCAUCACAAUCAGUGCAGAAGAAAUAAAAGAUAACAGGGUGGUGAAUUUUGAAGUUGAAGCAAGGAAACUAGAUAACAAGGAUUUCUUUGGGAAGUCUGACCCUUACCUGGAAUUUUAUAAGCAGACAGAAACUGGAUGGCAGCUGGCUCACAGGACAGAGGUGGUGAAGAACAACUUGAAUCCAACAUGGAAACCCUUCCGAAUCCCCCUGCAGUCCCUCUGUGGAGGAGACAUGGACAAACCUAUAAAAGUCGAGUGUUAUGACUAUGACAACGAUGGCUCACAUGAUCUAAUUGGAAUCUUUGAGACCACAAUGACACGCCUCAAAGAAGCAUCACGAACAUCUCCGGCAGAGUUUGAAUGUGUCAACAGUAAAAAGAAACAGAAGAAGAAAGGCUACAAGAACUCUGGGGUUGUGGGCGUGAAGCUGUGCCAGGUGGUGAAGGAGUAUACCUUCCUGGAUUAUAUCAUGGGUGGCUGUCAGCUCAACUUCACUGUGGCCAUUGACUUCACAGGCUCCAACGGGGAUCCCAAAUCUCCUCAGUCUCUGCAUUACAUCAGUCCUCAGGGUGUCAACGAGUACCUCUCUGCUAUCUGGUCUGUUGGCAAUGUCAUCCAGGACUAUGACAGCGACAAGAUGUUUCCUGCCUUUGGCUUUGGAGCCCAAAUCCCUCCCACAUGGCAGGUUUCCCAUGAGUUUCCUCUGAAUUUCAAUCCAGCAAAUCCAUUUUGUGCAGGUGUUGAAGGUGUGGUGGAGGCCUACAGGGUAUGUCUGCCCCAGGUCAAACUCUACGGCCCCACCAACUUCUCCCCUAUCAUCAACCAUGUCGCCUGCUUUGCUAAACAAGCCAUCCAGCAGACCACUGCAUCACAAUACUUUGUUCUCCUCAUCAUCACUGACGGAGUGAUCACAGACAUGGAUCAGACACGCAGUGCCAUCGUCAACGCCUCCCGUCUGCCCAUGUCCAUCAUCAUUGUCGGAGUAGGGGGCGCAGACUUCAGCGCCAUGGAGUUCCUGGAUGGAGACGAUGGAUCCCUGCGCUCUCUGACUGGCGAAGCCGCCAUGCGAGACAUCGUCCAGUUUGUGCCAUUCAGGCAGUUUCAAAAUGCACCCAGCCAGGCUCUUGCCCAAAGCGUAUUGGCCGAGUUACCUCAGCAAGUGGCCUCCUUCUUCAGUUUAUUCAAACUGAAGCCUCCCCACGAUCCCAGUCCUUCAUAGGGGCUCCUCGAGAAGCACUGGCAAAGAGUGUGCUGGCAGAAGUACCAGGUCAGAUGGUGGAUUUCUUCAAUACCAUGAAGCUGACUCCACCAAACUCCAAUCCUGCACCAACCCCUUCAGAGACCAUCUAAUACUACAAGGAGGAAACCAGACACAGACCAGUCUCAGCACACAAUUAGACAAAUGUCCUUCCCACACUGUCCUAACUCACCCUUUUUAUUCCAUCACCUUAAAAAAAUAACAGCACGCAGCUUAAGACAACCGCCCCAACCACAUGCACUACAUCGUACAUAAGCACAGUGUCAGAAUAGACCCUGCUGUUGUUAGAUCUUAACAUCCAUUUGUGGUCACAAAAGAAAUCAAACAAACAAUCAUUCCAUUAUUUGAAAGAUUGCAGAAACACUGCACUGGGUGUAAACCGGCCUGCUGUGUUCUUUUGUUGAAAUGCAUCAUGAAAGUGUUCAACUUAGUUUUAUGCCUGUUUGAUGGCUCCAGCAUCAAGUUAAAAUAGUUAUGUAAAAGGAUUUUAUGCAAGAUAUCAAGUCACAUCAGUUAGUGGACCCCCUUAUAUAUGAUUCUUACAUUCUCAGACAAAUAGCUGUGGCGCUACUAGUAGCCUAAUAAUGUACAUAUAGCCAAGUAGCUUUGUAGUUGCUGCUGUUUUGGCACAUGGAGUAUAUAUUUCCAUUAGUGUUUAUUGCACACGCUUCCUAUGCACUCUCCUAUAAUAAUGUCAUGUACUGCAAGGACCUAGGAAUUAGUUGUUUUACCAUGUUUUACAAUGCCAAACUCUGUAUGGGUUAUAAACCUUUUAUAGAAGCUUUUUAUACCUGAAAGUAUGAAUCUGAAAUAUUGGGAUGACUAAAAGUCAUAGUCUCAUUGUGGAUUUGGUUGUAUUGUGCCCGUCUCAUCACUCAUGGUAUGUUUGAUUGUAAAUGUACUGUGGUCUACCAAUGUGCCAGUUACUUUGCCUUUCACAUAUGCAUGAGAAAGGACACCAUGGUGUAGUGUCUCAGAAGCCGAAAAUGGCAGUGCGCUUUUUUAUUGCCGGUAUUUCAAGCCCAUUAGUUAAUUUAUUCGAGAUAAUAAAGUCGUUAUCACGAGAAAAAAAAUAUUGGUUCCUCUUAUUAAAUAUUUGUUUUCAUAUUGUACAAAAUGAGCCAGUGCAUGGAAAUAAUCCGGAUUCAGGGAUCUUUGAGCUCGUUUAAUAAAUCUCUUCCUGAUAUAUUUUCUCAGUAUUGCAUCAUCGUCAGGAAAUGAAUAGCUUAGAUUACUCUCACAUUCUAGUAACAAUUUUUCAGUUCAGUUACGAAUUCUCCCUGACACUCAUGACAGUGAUCUUGAAAGCUGAAAUCAGCUACUUUUUGAGUUCUCGUGUUUUUUUUCCAGUGAUUUUGCCACUGACUUUUGAUUUAGCCUAGGGUUCAACUCUGUUUGGGAAACCAUAUAUCUGGAAGCAAGAGAGAGAGAUGCAUCAGUAUUAAACAUGCUGUCACUAUAGAAACUAGAUACAGUUGUUUAUUGAAAUCUAUGUUUGAUUUGUUAAUUUUUAUAUGGUUUUACAAUGAAAGCUAUGAAACAUGUAUCUGAUGUAUCAUGUUGUGCACCAGCUUUAGUGCUCCAGCAGACAUGGGUAAUGUGCCUUUGUGUUAACAUGCAGGAAGUGUAUCAAGCUUACUAAUAAAGUACCUCUUAUUCAAUACAAA